AUGUCAGACCAGCACAACGUCUAUGUUCUCCUGUGCGAGCGCGUCGCCCCAGAGGCUUUGGCUCUUGCCAUCCAGGGCACCGACCCACUCUUUCCAGUUGGCAAGCCCACUCAGGAAGGCGUGGAGAUCCACAAGAGUUUGCUGCAGGGCUUGCUCAGCGUCCAGCGGCGGGUGCAAAGUCUGCUGGACAUGAUCAGCUUCGUAAACACGAAGCGCCGUAACGUUAGCACGCAGAAGCGCCAGCUGCCAGCGAUCCAGGAGAUUUUGGAGACUGCCUCUGGAAGCCCAUACCGAGCGCUGACUUCUACCGAGGAACUCCCAGACAAGGCAGCAAAGCUGCCCCGGAAGUAUGAGAAAGAACCCACCGAGGAGAGCUUGCAGGAUUUCUGGCAGGAGCUGGCAGAAAGGGAGUCGGUGCACUUGGUGGUGGAUUUGUUGACUCAGACCAGUGAGAAGCCGGGGUCUUCUGAUGACAAGGCAGGGAAAUCCUCGUUGGGCGACAAACCUGGAUCUCCGUAA